AUGUUUGACUUAGGAGCUACCCAUUCAUUCGUAUCCAAUGAAUGUUUGAGGAGGCUUAGACUUGUGAUGCGAGAGCUAGGGUGCGAGUUAAUAGUCGCGACGCCGACAUCUAGCGAGGUAUCCACCAACUAUGUUUGUGUGGGAUGCCUUAUAGAAGUGUCAGGCCGCAAGUUCAAGGUGAAUCUUAUUUGCUUGCCGAUAGAGGGUCUCGACGUGAUUCUAGGGAUGGACUGGUUGUCCAGUAACCACAUUAUUAUUGAUUAUAAAUGGCGUAGUGUGGUAUUCCCAGAGACAGUAAGACUGGAGUUGAUCUCAGCUCAGAAGGCAAUGAAGGAAAUAGAAGCUGGAGUUACUUGUUACGUAAUAGUGGCUCAAGGGGAGAAGAAGAGUACAACUAAGCAGAUUAGAAGCAUACCGGUGGUGGACGAGUAUGCUGAUGUGUUUCCAGACAAAAUUCAAGAACUACCACCAAGUAGGGAUGUAGAUUUCACUAUUGAUUUCAUCCCUAGAGCUGGCACAGUCUCAAUGGCACCAUACAGGAUGGCACCAACAAAAUUAGCUGAGUUGAAAAAGCAGAUUGAGAACCUAUUUGAGAAGAAAUUCAUUCGACCGAGUGCAUCGCCUUGGGGAGCACCUAUAUUAUUGGUGAAGAAGAAGGACGGCAGUUCUCGACUUUGUGUUGACUAUCGGUAG